GCGGCAAUACUGUAUUUUUGUCCAUAAAUUGAAAGAUUGCGUUGUUAUUGAUAAGUGGUAACAGUAGGAGUUAUUUUCUAAUUACUAAUUUAGUAAUCACUUCAUCCAGUUGCGGUAUAACAAUUCAACAACAAGAUGAACGCACCUCCAACCUUCGAAUCAUUUCUUCUUUACGAAGGAGAGAAAAAGAUAAUCAAAGAACAAGAUACUAAAGUUCCCAAUGCGGCUAUCUUUACAGUUAACAAGGAAGAUCACACUCUUGGGAACAUGAUUCGCAACCAACUAUUAAAGGAUCCGCAGGUUCUAUUCGCCGGAUACAAAGUUCCACAUCCGCUAGAACACAAAUUUGUGAUUAGAAUCCAGACAACAUCAGACUACACACCUCAUGAGGCUUUUAUGCAUGCAAUUACAGAUCUUAUAGCGGAACUUUCGUUAUUCGAAGAACGUUUCAAGGAGGCAAUCAAGGAGAAAAAAGAAGGCUUAGAUUAAGUCAGUUUCCCCAAUUAUCUGUGGACUUUAAGCGAUUAUGUAAAUAAAUUAUCCUUUUGUAGAAUUUUUGUAUUACACAAGUGACCUGAUAUAUUAUUUUAUUAUGCGAAAAUAAUUGAUACAUAUAUAUGCGAAUAAGUAAAUAAACAUUGUUUAAAGAA